AUGUCGACGGCUGUACACCGCGCCCUGACAUGUGACGAUGUCCUCGACGAGAUAUUCUCUCAUCUCCGUUUUGAAAUUACUUGCGAUAUUGAUCAAUUUACUUAUAUCGACGCAGGGCUCUCGAGGAAGGCCCUCAGGAGUGCAGCACUCGUCAACAAGACACUCUCGUAUCACGCCCUCAACAAUCUCUGGUGGGAGAUCCCUUCAGAGAGCAUUGCGCUCAAAGUUUUACCUGUCUUUCAAGCCUAUCGUAUCGAUAUAAACUAUCCCGAAGAGAUAGAAGUUCCAGAUAGGUGGGGCAACGAGGAGGAAUCAUAUGUGAGUAUUCCAUGCCAUUGCUACUUGCAUUCCGCAUCCUCACAAGAGCGACAGCUCAUUAACGGUGAAAUCCUCACCCAAGACUUGGACCGCCUUCGCCAGUACACUACCCGUGUGCGUAGUGUCCGCAUAGUCGAAGAAGCACAGCCCGACGUUCGCCUUCCUGUUAUACAGUAUAUUUCUGCACAGCUUGGUGGAUCUCUCUUCCCAAAUCUCGUGCGCUUGGAGUGGAAUGCCGCGAAUGUGCUCUCGUUAACCGCAAACGUGGGCCGAGUCUUACUAUGCAUGGUGGGCUCGAACCUUCGGACCUUGUUGCUGUACCCCCCACCAUGUUUCUCUGAACGUUUUGAGGCGUUUUUCUAUCUCCAAUUAUCAAAUAUCGUUCCAGUUGUCGCCGUGGGGUCUCAACGCAUCCAAGAAGUUGAGCUGGCGAACCUGUCUUGGGAUGAAGGCGCGGAUAAGACAUGGGAUCCUAUGUGUGCGGUUCAGUUUAUUAGCGCAUUCAAGCAUCUGAAGACAGUUCGAGCUAAAUUGCAUUAUUUUAAUAAUGCGGUUCUCAGUGUGCUUUUAUCGCUGCCUUAUCUUGCUAUUCUUCAACUUUUUACAAACACGGAUGAGGACGAUCGUAACAUUUUAUCGCGGGGAAUGCAGGGAUGCUUUCGGUCUUUGCACACACUGGAUGUCCAAUUGAUGCACAGUGUGACGAUGACACUCUUCCAAACAUGCGAGUGGCCUGCACUCCGUGUACUGCAUACAUCCUUCUUGGACUUAAAUUAUGGUCCAUGCCUCAUAGAUGCCUUCCUUGAAGUCGUUGCCGCUGCCACCUCACAGUCGUUGACUGAACUGGACGUCUUCGGUCACUGUGAUUGCGAUAUCCCCCUGGCACCAUUUUUCUCCCCCCUUCGCUCCAUGCAUCUGUUGCGCUCCAUUGAGAUAGUAGUUCCAUUAUCUUCUACCUGCGCCGGGCUUCACGACAUUGCUCUCAACUGGCCAAGUCUCGAAACGUUCAAGUUAAAAACGAGCAGUCAACCGAACCAUAAUUCGCUGCAGAUUCUGCUCGAGGUAGCGGCCGCUUGUCCGCGCCUGCGAAUGGUGGGCCUGGAUUCCUUGGGCCUUCUUCCCAGCCUCCACCUUCACCUGCAUGGGCUUUCAACGCAUAAUUUGCAGAGGAUCGAGACAUCUUAUUUGGAGUGGAUCGACUGGCCGAGCGAUGAUAUUAAAUAUCUAGCAGCUCAAAUUGAGCCUAUCUUUCCAAAGUUGGAGCUCCAAAAAAUGAAAUGUUUAGCGCAGGAACGCGGCUCGGGCAGAAGGAACCAUUGGUUAUCAUUUAUUAACGAAAUGAAUCGUAUUCGACAAACGAAGACAUUGCGUCUGCCCGCAGCAUCGGACAAGGCCUUGGCGAGCGCAUGA